AUGAAUCGGCCUCGCAACCGUCAGCCGCGGCCACCGCGCGACAACAAUGUCCGAGCCAGCGCCGGCCAGGGAUCGCAAUCCGCCUUUGGGAAUGUACCAAGCGUUGCGCAAGUGGUACGGGGCGCCGCAGUCUCGAUCGUACUAAAGGCAGAUCAGCCCACCGGGCGUGAAGUUCAAGGUGUAGUACAGGAUCUUCUCACACGUGGAAACCACCCACGAGGAAUCAAAGUGCGUCUCCAAGAUGGUCGCAUAGGCAGGGUGCAACGGAUGGCCAACGCUGCACAAGUGGUCAACUCUCAUGGUCUCACACCGAUGGGCGAAAGACUCAAUCACGCCUUAGAGCACUUAGAGCCGGACCCAUAUCGUUCCGUGCACGGCGAUGUUUCUGGUCGUCCACCGCGUAUAUUGCGUAUGGAGAAGGACGCUAGGGUUCUCGACGCUGAAUUUCCAUCUGAACCCCCAGCCAGGUCGCUGGCUGCCUAUUUUCCAGACAGUGACGAUGGGGGAGCCACCGUGUCGCAAUCCGUAACCGCUACAUGUCCGAUAUGUGGCAACUUUGAAGGAGAUGAAGUUGCUGUUAGCCGCCAUGUGGACACGCAUGUUACUUGA